AUGGUGACUCACACCCCCACCAACGGCCAUGCGGGCGAGCAAGACGUAGACCUUACAUCGUCGGCUCUCAACCACAGAAUAGCGGAACAGGCCGCCAACGGCACCAAUGGCGCCAAUGGCCACCACGCCAACGGACACGCCGCCGCGCCCGCAGAGCUUGACGCCUCCAAGCUCACCAUCCGCCGAGCCGACCCCGCCGCCCGCGCCGUGCCCGAUGAGGCUACAGCCUGCUCCGGCAACGAGACCAUCUGCACCGACCACAUGAUCACAUGUGCCUGGGACGCGUCGAGGGGCUGGGCCGCCCCCGAGCUCAAGCCCUACGGGCCCCUCAGCCUCAUGCCCACGGCCUCGGUGCUGCACUACGCCACCGAGUGCUUUGAGGGCCUCAAGGCCUACCGUGGCUUCGACGGCAAGCUGCGCCUCUUCCGCCCCGACCUGAACGCUAAGCGCAUGCUCAUGUCGACGCUGCGCAUCUCCCUCCCCGGCUUCAACCCCAAGCAGGUCGAGCGCCUCAUCUCCACCCUCGUCGCCGUCGACGGCCCCAAGUGGCUCCCAGCCGACCGCCCCGGCUCGUUCCUGUACCUGCGCCCCGCCAUGAUCGGCACCCAGCCGCAGCUGGGCGUGCAGGCCCCCAAGGAGGCCCUGCUCUUCAUCACGGCAAGCUUCAUGCCGCGCAUGGACAGCAUGCCCGGCGGCCUCAAGCUGCACACGAGCCCCGAGGACAUGGUGCGCGCCUGGGUCGGCGGCUUCGGCUAUGCCAAGGUCGGCGCCAAUUACGGCCCCAGCCUGCUCGCUACCAACGAGGCCCGCGCCCGCGGCUUCGGCCAGAUCCUCUGGCUGUACGGGCCCGAAGGCUACUGCACCGAGGCCGGUGCCAGCAACUUCUUUGUCGUGUGGCGCGCCCGCGACGCCGACGGCGGCAAGCUGCAGCUCGUCACGGCCCCGCUCGACGACCGCCUCAUCCUCGACGGCGUCACGCGCCGCAGCAUCGUCGAGCUCGCCCGCGAGAGGCUAGCCGGCGAGCUUGAGAUGGUCGAGCGCAAGUACACCAUUGACGAGCUGCUCGACGCCGACAGGGAGGGCCGCCUCGUCGAGGCCUUUGCCGCAGGCACUGCUUACUUCAUCUGCCCCGUGUCUCUGGUCCACCACCGCGGCAAAGACGUUCAGAUCCCCCUCGGCAAGGGCGACUCGGGCCAGUACACGGCCAAGAUCAAGGGCUUGAUGGGCGACAUCAUGUACGGCAACGAGCAGCACCCGUGGGGCGUCGUCGCCAGCAUGGAUUAA